AUGUUUGCGGCGAGAGUACGAGCUUCUCUUAAACCUUUGCUCCAUGGAAGACCUAGUUCCUAUUUAACCAGAAACGGUGAAACUGCAGCGAUUACGAAGCGUCUAUCUCUUGAUAGAUUCAAAUAUGGAGAGUGGACUCAGACUAGCUUGCGAAUAUAUGGAAACGGAGUUGGAAUCAAACUCUUCAACAGCUCAUUUCAUAGCUCCUCGGAAUCUCAUGUAGGGGUGAAAACUCAGAAAAGUGCGUUGUUUAGUACUCUUGAGGAUGAUUUUUCCUCAGAGUUGGGUUCUGUAGAGAAAGACGGGAAUCAGAAUAUGGUUGUGAAGCUGUUAACUACGGCGUUAGAGCCUUUUCAGAUUGACAAGGAAGAGCUUUCUCAGAAAACGAAAGGCAAGAAGAAAAAGAAGAAGCCUGAACAAGAUUCUGAUACGAUUUGCAAGCCAAAGUUGUUGACUGAGAAGCCAUCAGUUUCUUGGGAAACUAAUGGCAAGAGGAAGACUGAAGUACAUGCUUCUUCUCCAGCAAGAAAUGUUAAGGAUUCAAAAGUUUCAGUCUCCGUGCCAAGCGAGUCAUCAUCUCCAGUUCCAGAUAAAAAGUCCAAGGCUCAAAAUAUAAUCAGUUCCGGUUCAAAGGCGAAAAACGAAACUAACUCCAAGGCCUCAAAACAUCCUGCUUCGCUUGCUGUGAUAAGGAUUAGUAAUCUAAACCCGAAAACAGCUGAUUCAGUCAUACACUCGAUGUGCUUGAAGAUUGGCCCUCUCGAGGGGAUUGCUAGGAUUAAUGAAGACACUGCUCAUGUCUUGUUUCGAGCUAGAAACCAAGACGAAGCAGACUCUUUACUGAAAGAGCUGAACGAUGCAACCGUAGAUCAAUCUCAGUGGAGGGCUGAGAUUGCACCAGAAGACGAAGAAGCUUCUAGAGAUGAAAUGGGUUUGAGAGUCAGUAGCUGUUUCGAAGAUUUGGAGAAGCAAAUGACCAUGCAACGCAUUCUCUCGAAAGACUUGGAAGUUCUGCUGCAUUUGGUUACGCAUCUGGAGAAUCAUCCAAUGUCUCGACAAGGCACUUGA